AUGGCCGGCCCUUCGAAUCUUCAUCUGGACCCCGCCCUCCAGAAAUACUAUGAUGCGAAUAAAAACAGAUACAAGUACUUCCGGUGGACACCCAGAACAGCCUGGCUUUCGUUUUGCUACAUGGCCCUCGUGCCCGGAAUCAUUGGAUACAUUGGUUACAAGACAGAUGGAAAAUACGACUUGAGGGGCAAGCGAAGGGGUGACACCAUUGCGGAGUGGUAG